AUGGCCGACACAGGGCCGACCCAAGACCGACACGGGGCCGACUGGUUCGGCAUUGCAUUCACAAUCGGCCAGGCGGGCGUGCAGAUGGGCAACGCCUGCUGGGAGCUCUACUGUCUCGAGCACGGCAUCACGCCUGACGGCCAGAUGCCCUCCGACACCACGCCCGACAAGGCUGACGACAGCUUUAACACCUUCUUCGCGGAGACGGGCACCGGCAAGCACGUGCCGCGAGCCAUCUUCGUCGACCUGGAGCCGACGGUCGUAGACGAGGUGCGCACUGGAACAUACCGCCAGCUGUUCCAUCCGUCGCAACUUCAGACGGGCAAGGAGGAUGCCGCGAACAACUACGCACGAGGACACUAUACCAUCGGUAACAGCCCAGGGGCCCGCACUUAG